AUCGAGGACCUGUCCCAGCAGGCCCAGUUGGCAGCCGCCGAGAAGUUCAAAGUGCAAGGAGAGGCCGUUUCAAACAUCCAGGAGAACACACAGACCCCCACGGUGCAGGAGGAGAGCGAGGAAGAGGAGGUGGACGAAACCGGCGUGGAGGUGAAAGACAUCGAGCUGGUGAUGUCCCAGGCCAACGUGUCCCGAGCGAAGGCCGUCCGAGCCCUCAAGAACAACAGCAACGACAUCGUCAACGCCAUCAUGGAGUUGACGAUGUAGCUGCCAG